AUGGCAGCUCUCACUAGAUGUUUCUCUCUUUUCUAUAAAGUGUAUCCCAUUUUGUUCUGUUCAUGGCUUCUUCAAGUGCUAAGGUUCAUGAUACUAGCAACUAUUGUCUUCUGGAACUCAUGCAGAUAUGCGAUCGCGAAUUACAAGUAUAAGGAAAUGUUAAACAAGAAGAGCUCUAAAUUUGUGUUUAGAAGAAAGAAGCUUGUGGGGAUCUUUGAUCAAGCUUCAAUUUAUUGUGCAAUAUGCUUAUCAGAAUUCAAGCACGGAGAAAAGGUGAGAAAGCUGGAAACUUGCCAGCAUACAUUCCACGAAAACUGCUUGGAGAAAUGGCUAAUGCAGAAGGAUAUAAAAGCAACUUGUCCACUUUGUAGGAGUGUGAUUAUAUCAGAGGAAAUAGAGGAGUAUAAAAAAUUAGAUGAUGAAGGAAAAAGAGAUCAUAGCUUUGAGAAAGAGCUAGCUCUUCUCUUGCUAUCUUGUUUGAACAGAGGAUAUUGCUAUCAUAGGUUUUCCAGUUUUAGGGUUUUCCUUCCGAGGUAG